AUAAAUCCCUUUCUCUGUCACGUUCUUCGUGUUUUUUCCUCAGUGGUUUCUCUCUGAGACUUAUUUUAUUAAAAGUCUCUCUCUCUAAUCUCAAUCUCCUCUACUGUCUGUGUGUUUGUUGAAAGAUAUGUUCAUCGAUCUCUUCGUGUUUCCAAGUAAAAGUAGUAGAAGCUGAAACCAGAAAGAAAAAGAAAAUUAGAGUAAAAAAAAAAUGACUACUGAGUUAAAAGAUCCGGCUAUUAAACUAUUUGGAAGAACCAUUCCGUUACAAGAAAGUCAGAUUACGGUCGAGUCUGUUGAAAAAUCCGAUCUAGAAAUUCAGAUUCCACCACUCUUCUCUGAAGAUAAGGACAGAUGCAGAAAAACGACAAAAACAGAUUCUAAUGUCUCUUCUGUGGAAGACCCUUGCAAGGCUGAUAAGCCUGUUUUGAGUAUUGGUAAGGAAAACAACUAUCAAGAUUGUACCAAGGAAAACAAAGUUAUGCUGGACCCCAAAAGUGAGGAAGACCAGGGCGAAAAUGAUUCAGGUGAUCAAGAAAAGCUUCUUAAAAAACCAGACAAGAUCCUACCAUGCCCUCGCUGCAACAGCCUGGAAACAAAAUUUUGCUACUACAACAAUUACAAUGUUAACCAACCUCGACAUUUCUGCAAAAACUGUCAGAGAUAUUGGACUGCUGGAGGAACCAUGAGGAACGUUCCCGUGGGAGCCGGACGCCGGAAGAACAAGCACCUAGCUUCACAAUACCGUCACUUAAUGAUGUCUUCUGAUGGAAUUCCAACCAACCAGGUUGACUCACCCGACUCAGCCAAUCACCAACUCUCACCUGGGGCAAUUUUUACACCUUCUGCGCCUCUUAAUGGAAAUGGCAGUGUCCUAAGAUUUGGUACAGAAGCACCUCUCUGUGAAUCAAUGGCAACUGUGCUGAAUCUAGGUGACCAGAAAAGAAAAGUUGAGGUUGGUGCUGCACUUUCUGGAGAAACAAGAGAGGAACCAUCCUCUUGUGAUUCUUUCGCGACUGCUACUCACCGCGAAGAAGAGUUGCCUAAAAAUGGUAUUCAGAUGGAGCAAGGUGUUCUUCCGGCUUGUUUCAGCACAAUUAAUCCUCCACAUCCUGCGCAUUGUUACCCAGGUCCACCAUGGGCCUACCCAUGGAGUCCAGGUUGGAAUAACGUAGCUGGCAUGGCACCCCCUAGGUGUCCUGAGCUGGUCUGUGGUCCAGAGAAUGGUAGUCCUAGGCCAGUUCAGUGGGGUCCGAUGCCAAUGGUAGCUGCUCCUGCCUUGUGCACCCCAAGCAUGCCAUUUCCAUUUAUACCCGCCUCUUAUUGGGGUUGCAUGCCUGGCUGGGCUGCCAGAUCUUGGAAUGUGCCAUGGGUUGGAUCUAAUGGAAGUAUCUCUCCAUCUUCCUCCACUAGCAACAGUGGUUGUUCAAGCAAUGGCUCACCAACAUUAGGUAAGCAUUCUAGAGAUGUCAAUCUACAAGGGGAAGAGAAAACAGAAAAAUGUCUUUGGGUUCCAAAGACGUUAAGAAUUGAUGACCCAGAUGAGGCGGCAAAGAGUUCUAUUUGGGCUACUCUAGGUUUCAAGCCAGAUAGGAAAGAACCAAUUAUAAAAGGCGGUAUCUUCAAAGCUUUUGAAUCGAAGACAAAAAACAAGGACCAAGCAUCAGAUGCUGAACAGGUGUUACAAGCAAACCCAGCUGCACUCUCUCGAUCACAGUCAUUCCAGGAAAACACAUGAGACCAGCUUCUACUCCAAGGUUUAUAAGUCUAAUCUGGUACUGGUUACUCAUUUUGUUUGUGUCAAGCAUACUUGAUCAGCUUUUAGUUACUGGGUUUGUUGUGACAAUGUUUUGUACUUGACCUAGAUGGGUGAACUUUGACAGAAGCCGGUCUUCUGGAAAGUUCAAUACAAUUUGCUUCAAACUCUGUUACAGUCAUAAAGGGUGAGUCAGCAGCUUGCCAACAAUGUUGUUGCUGUAAAUAGUAGAAAUAGAGAGUGAGCAAGCAGUUGUUGAUUUUAUUUUGUUUUGGUGUUUUUUUAGCGGUAAGUAGGAAACUGAUGCUGACAAGGUCACCGGUAUCAUUACAUAAUGAUUUCACCCUUCUUUACUAUAAAGGCAUCUGCUGAUGAUUAAGUGC